AUGAGCGCUCCCAUCACACGCGCUGUCUGGGACUCAAAGCUCAGGUACGCACAGGAACAAGCACAACGAGCCACAAAAGCCGAGCUCGCCCGCAACUACUCGGAAGCAUUUGAGCUUUACGUUCGCGCCGGUCAGCUCUUUGUCUGGCUGCUCGGCAACUGUCCAACGGCCACCACCAACAACGAUGCUUCCAUUACAACAUCGCCGGGCUCAGCUAGCGCUUGUCUUCCGGGGCCGAACACAGAGCCGAUCGUGGCGGGCUCUUUAUCGGAUAGCCUUUCGGGUGCUAGUGCUACCCAGACUCGGGAGCGCCUGAAGCAGAUGGCAACCAAGGUCAUGGCACGGGCGGAAAAGAUCAAGGCUGUUCGCAAGGAUCUCCGCCGCAUCGACCGAGAUGCGCUGAGCCAAGAGGAGCAAUCGACCAUCCUCGUCAGCUCUUCUCUCAUCAAUGGUCUUCGCUACCCCAUCUGGAACGGCUCUGCCUCCUCCCUUCCAUCUGCUACAGGAUCUAACUUCUUUCAAGAUGCACAACCACAACUUUCGCCGGUCCAGCUUCGCAAAGGCGCAUCCUUCAAACGUGCUUCGGAGGUGCCUAACGUCGACGAUCGAGGCUGGUCAAGCAAGCUGAAAGGCAGCGACAUUGUGCAGGAUAUCGUUACCGACUGCUCGUUCGUAGCUGCCCUCGAAGCUGCUGCAGAGCACGAUCGCAUUUUUGGUGGGCAACUAGCAACGUCGGCCUUAUACCCCAAGGAUGCUUCCGGGUGCGUUCAGCCUAGCCCAAGCGGUCAGUAUCAUAUCAAACUGCACAUUAACGGUGCGCCCCGUACCGUUUCGAUCGAUGACCAUCUUCCUUACUACCCAACCUCGACCAGCACAGAUGCAGCUGCAUCCAAGCCACCGGGUGAAGGAGAGCAUCGUCUGAUGUGCGCAACCUCACGCAACGGACAAGCCAUAUGGCCGGCACUCCUCGAGAAAGCGUACCUUCAAGUCAUGGGCGGCUACGACUUUGCUGGGUCGAAUAGCAGCAUCGAUCUGUACGCUCUCACGGGCUGGUUGCCCGAGCACAUCUUCAUGCGCCAUGCCGGUUUCCAACGCGAAAAGACGUGGACUAGGUUACUUGCCGCUUGGAACGCUGGCAAGUGCAUGGCCACCGCGGGUACGGGCACGGGUCGAAGCUCCGCUGAAACGGAUCAAGGGGUUGCUUCCACAAUCACCCUAGAGUCGGGUCUGGUUUCGAGCCACAACUAUGCGAUACUCGACGUGCGCGAAUGUGGAAGUUGUCGCUUUGUCAAGCUUAUGAACCCUUGGCGUACAGCCGCUAGCAUCCGACCUGCCAUCGCUGUCGCACCAGAGGAGGAACAGCGCAUCUACGAGAGCAAAAAUUCACUCGAAGACCGACUGGGACGCCUGUUGAACGAAGAAGGCGAGCAAGAGAUUGCACUCGGAUUGACGUUCAUAGUGACUUGGGAUGACUUCUGCAGUCAUUUCGAUUCCCUGUUCCUCAAUUGGGAUCCGAGUCUCUUUGACAACAACGUCACAGUCCACUCGAGCUGGCACGUCAGCCCAUCAAUUCAGUCCACUGGUGCGUCUUCCUUAGACUCGCGGCAUCCAGACCCUCAUUUCAAGCUGUCCGUUACGAUGCCAUCGGGCGCACAAAGCAGCAGCAGUACAAACUUUGCAGCUGGCGACCCAUCCGCCGAGAUCUGGCUGCUGCUCACACGUCACAUCACCAACACGCGAUCGAAUCAGUACGAAGCAACCGGGUUACUCGAAAAGCCGUCCCUUGCAGAGUACAUUGCAGUUCACGCGUUUGAAGAUGAUCAAGCGGCUUCAGAGAGCGGGCAGCUAGCUUCGCCGUCUGCUCCUGGUCUAUACAAGGCCAAGCACAAAGGCGCUUACGUCGAUGGCACACAUUGCCUUGUCCGGCUCAAGCCAUCCGAACACAGCGGCAAACAGCAGAAGCAACAAAGGCGCAGCUUUACCAUUGUGGUUUCGCGUCGGAGCGAGGGCAGCGCGCCUGUUUCCAAAGACGUCAACUAUACGCUGUCCGUGUUCUCGCGCUAUCCGAUGGAGCUUUCGGAGCUGCGGACGCGGAUGCCGUACUGUGAGACGAUCCAGGGCGCAUGGACAGCUCGCACGGCGGGGGGUAAUGCGACACUGGCGUCAUUCAUGUGCAAUCCUCAGUACGCGUUAGUUGUUCCUCCAGCCGGGGCAGGUGGGCUGCAACUGCAGGUCAUGCUCGAGUGUGCGGAUCGACGGAUGGCAGUGCAGGUGCUGCUUGCGUAUCCGGGCGCGGGAACUGGGCGGGUGACACACUUGACGGAGGGCGAUGUAGUGUUGAGCAGCGGCAUGUAUCAUCACGGCUUGGCGCUGUGUUCUACAUCCUCAAGCUCGGGAGGUGGAGGGAUCGUGCUGAAGGCGGGAACGUAUACGCUGAUCGCAUCGACAUUCGAGGCGGGGAUGCACGGGGACUUUGCGCUUCGCAUUGAGGCGACAAGCCCGGUCAGCGUGCGACCGAUCCCACAGGAAGGCGCGGGCAUGUUCCAUCGGCGUCUUGCCGCUGAGUGGAAGCGUGCUGUCAACGCGUGCGGCUCACCGGCGAACAAGGGUUACUUCGGCAACCCCAGCUGGCGCUUUAGCCUAGAUCGACCUGCCGAGGUCGUCGCGAGGCUCAAGGUUGACAGUGUGCGUUCGGGCGACAGCGUGCGGCCGUACGUCAACCUUGCCCUGUUCAGCGAGGAUGCUGGUGGUGUUGGAAGUGGCGGCAUGAGGGAAGUUGCUAGCAGCGGGAGUUACACGGACCUCAUCUGUGGCGCUGCGAUCGAGAGGGUGAAGCUGCACGCGGGUACGUACAGGUUGGUAGCGUCGACGUACAAGCCCGAGGUAGAGGCCGAGUUCAGCGUGGAGCUCUAUACAGCUGUCAAGGUUGACGUAGUUGUGGUGUGA